GAGACGCGAUUGAGUUGAGCCACGCCUAUGCGCAAGCACCGCGCAGCACCGCAGACGUCGAAGUGCAUCCUGAUCCUGCCGGAGCCCAAGAGCCUUGCGCCAGCCUGACGUGCGAUACUACACACCAUGGAGAGCGCGUCGAAGCGCAAGGCGCCGCCCGCCGCCUCACCCGAUAGCGAGAGUCGCGCAUCCAAGAGACAGCGCUUGCCGCAGGACGAUGGCUUCGCCGAGACGCCAGACAGCACCAUGGAAAUGGGCCUGAAGUUCCUCGAGACCAUGAAGGCCGCAAAGGACAAGACCGGCCGCCCCAUUGCAACCAGCUUUCUCGAGCUUCCGGACCAGGAUGAAAUACCCCAAUACUACAAGGAAAUCAAACUCCCCGUCGCCUUCAGCACCAUCGAGACAAAACUGCGCAACAAAGAAUACACAAGUCUGGCCGCAGUCGAGAGCGAUGUCAAGCGUAUGGUCAACAACGCAAAGCAGUUCAAUGACAAAAACUCAUUGAUCUAUGCCGAUGCCGAACGCGUCCGCAAAACCGCUUCAAAUUACAUGGUCAAGCACAACCCAGCAUACCGAAAUCCGAACUACACGGCCGUAGCCACUCCUAUACCAGGCGAAGAAGAGAAGAGACAACAGUCAAUCAGGCUCCAUGGCACGAAUGGUACUCAGGAGACUCCCACCGCUACCAGAGAAAUGAGUGAACGGCCUAAGCGUGCCGCAGCCGUUCCUCAGACCCCUGCUGCGCCCACCCCAACUCCAUCCAGAACUCGGAAAAGCGGCAGAGAUUCUGCACCUCCCGAUAAAGGAGCAGAGCAUGAUCUGUCUGGCCUCAGCUUCACGAAUGCUCAGGAACGUCUAAUUCAAGAUUUUAUCGACUAUGUCGAGCCAGAGAGCGGCUUGCAGAUAUAUGCACCUUUUGUGCAGUUGCCGUCCCGUUCACUGAAGGAAUACUAUGCAACCAUCAAGAAUCCGAUGUCUCUUCAACAAGUGUUGAAGCAAACCCAAGGGUUUAUCGGCCGCAAAGAGGGUUACAGCGGUACCUCCAAUUUCAAAACUUGGCAGCAGCUUGAGGAGACGGUCAGCUUCAUUUGGACCAAUGCGAGAGUUUUCAAUGAGGAUGGAAGCGAUCUCUUCAACUUGGCUGCCGAAUUCGAGGACCACUUCAAGCGCCGCUUAGAGCAGGCAAAGGUUAAGGUACCGGAGCCUAGUCAGCCAACUAUCAAGCUCAAGAUGUCUGCACCCAAACCGACAGGCACCCCUUCUGGAAUCAAGCUCCGCUUGGGAGGAGCUAAAGCAAGCCCUGCGCCCGGCUCAGCUCCAGAAACACCCGUCGCACGCAGCUCAAGUACUCCUGGUGUAAUUGUUGACAAUGAAGCGUUGGAGCGGCAGCAAAAGCACGUACAAGCAGGGAUGAACGGACACAGGCCUCCUUCAGCGGGAAGUGUCCCGCGCAAUCCCUUCUCGCGCGCAAGCUCAGAUGCUGCACAAGCACCUUCCCUGUCUCAGCGGGAGAAUGCUCGCAGUGGUUCGGCCGGGUCACCACCCGCUGCCAACGGCGUCAAGAGCGAGACUCAGGGUGGUCAGUCGCCCGCGCUUGACACAAUUCGGCUAUCCAGCCAAGCACCCGAAGCAAACAAGGUUCCGUCGCAGUAUUCCAUGCCACCGCCAACUACCGCGACGCCUCGCAUGGCCAGCGGGAGCCCGUAUACCAAUGGGUUACCAGCUCAAGGCGCGAGCCAGCCCUACCAUGGUGCUUCGUAUCACCCGCCGAAUGGCUUUGACAACAAGCAUAGACUUCACGACAUUGCAGAUGCUCUUCUUCCCCAAAUUGUGAUAGCUAGCCACCCCGCCAUCACUGCCCCUCGUCCUUACAAAAUCAACAUCCCGGCCUCGCCGGCGUUCAGUCAGCAGUCGGUUACCAUUUCCAUCCCCGGCACUCACAGCUCCAUCCAAGUCAUGCCACAUGUGCCAGUUGCGUUGACGCAGCGGCCUUGGCGCCUUUUCGUUACUGCCAACAACACACGUCUGACCGAAGCUGUGCAGCCCGGGACACUGGUGGAGAAGCGCGAGAAGGGCAAACCGUUGUUCGAGGCCAGAUUGCAGCCCGGCGUCAAUCGGGUGGACGUGGAGGUGAUUGCUGGUGCUGCGUCGCCUGCGCGCGGACAGCCCACGGGCAAGCCGCACGAGGAGGUGCAGAUGGAGAAAUGCACGAUUUUCAUUAACGUGAUGAGGGCAUAGGAGUCGAUGGGAAAGUACUUAGGGCGGCAAUGAUCAGGAUCAAUGGCGCUUUUUUUGCGGAUACGAUGUGCUUGCAGGCCCGUUGGAGUUUUUGUGUCAUGCGGGCGGGCUGGAAUUCAUGCAUUGGUAUAGGCUUAGAUACCUGGAUGGCUGGGAGUGAUUGACGGAAGACGAGUUGCCGUAGUUAGUUACAAGGAUCGCUCAGUUAUGCCUAUGCCAU